GGAACUCACGUGGUAGGGAAUUUGCUGUCUCCUCUCCUCACCUGGACAGCUGUGGAGUCAAAAUGGGAGCCGAGGUGUUACCCACCGCGAGGUGGCAAUACUGUGGGGAGCCGGACGAGAGCCAGAGAGCUGUACUGGUUCAGUUUUCCAAUGGGAAGCUACAGAAUCCAGACAACUUGCGCUUCACUUUGUACAACAGCACUGACUCCACAAACCCGAGGAAGAGGAGUCAGCGGAUCUUGGCAGCUGAAACAGAUAGACUUUCCUAUGUUGGAAAUAAUUUUGGGAUUGGAGCCCUCAAGUGUAACACUCUAUGCAGGCACUUUGUGGGAAUUUUGAGCAAGACUUCUGGCCAAAUGGAAGUAUAUGAUGCUGAAUUGUUUAAUAUGCAGCCACUGUUUGCAGAUGAAUCAAUUGAGAGUGAACCCACAUUGGAGAGUCAGACCAAAACUUUCAGAGAAAAGAUGGAUUCUUGCAUUGAGGCCUUUGGUACCACUAAGCAGAAACGAGCUCUGAACUCCAGGAGAAUGAACAAAGUCGGUAGUGAAUCUUUGAAUCUUGCAGUAGCUAAAGCUGCAGAGGAGAUCAUUGAUACAAAGGGUGUGGAAGCACUGGUCAGUGAUGCCAUCCAGGACGACCUGCAAGAUGAGUCCCUCUACCUUCCUCCAUGCUAUGCUGAUGCAGCCAAACCUGAAGAUGUAUAUAAAUUUGAAGAUAUUCUCUCCCCUGCGGAGUAUGAUGCUCUUGAGGGCCCAUCUGAAGCUUUCAGGAAGGUUACAUCAGAAGAGAUACUGAAGAUGAUUGAAGAGAACAGCCACUGCUCCUUUGUUAUGGAAGCGUUGAAGUCUUUGCCAUCAAAUGAGGAGGGCAGAGAUCGCCAGGCCCGGUGUAUAUGGUUUCUAGACACCCUCAUCAAAUUUCGGGCUCAGAAAGUGAUAAAGCGGAAAAGUGCCUUGGGACCUGGAAUCCCCCACAUCAUCAACACCAAACUGCUGAAGCACUUUACCUGCUUGAAUUACAACAAUGGCAGUUUACGGAACUUUAUUUCAAAUUCCAUGAAAGCAAAGAUCACUGCAUAUGUGAUCAUUCUUGCCUUGCAUAUAAAUGACUUCCAGAUUGACCUGACAGUGUUACAGCGAGACUUGAAACUCAGUGAGAAAAGGAUGAUUGAGAUAGCGAAAGCCAUGAGGUUGAAGAUCUCUAAAAGAAAGGUGUCACUGGCACCUGGCUGGGAAGAGGAUCACAGGCUGGGCACUCUGUCUGUUCCACUGCCGCCAGCUCAGAACUCAAACCAGCAGUCAAAACGGAAGAAGAUGUAACUAGAUAAGUGCUUUCCAGGCAGGCAUUUUGACCCCAUCAUAGCCACUG